AAAACAACGAAAUCGACAAAUCGACGACAACGAACUGUCACACACGUACGGCGAAAUCUUUAUUUUUUAAGCAGCAGUCAAUUGGUUCGUUGUGAUUUUCAGUUGGCCAGUUGUAAAUACGUGUUUUCUAUAUAAAACUGCCAAUAGUUAAAUAACAAAAUGCCUGCACCAGCAAGUUCAACAUCCGUGGGCAGUGGCUCACGCUCGCCAACCAAAAUAUCAGCGCCACGCACUAGUGGUGCUGCUGGCACCAGCAUAAAGCAAAGGAAGACCACAAGCAGCACCACAGCGGCCAGAAGUCGCACCACUGGUGGUGCUGGCACUGGUGGUAUGUGGCGUUUCUACACCGACGACUCGCCCGGCAUUAAAGUUGGACCAGUGCCCGUGUUGGUGAUGUCUCUGCUUUUCAUUGCCUCCGUAUUCAUGCUGCAUAUUUGGGGUAAAUACAACCGUUCUUAAGGAAUCAGAAGAAACGAUGUAGCAAAAGUAUUGUGUGUACAUAAUGUCAACAGCGAACAUACAACAAAAAAAAAAACAGCAAGCGUACACCUGUAGCAACA